UGCUUAUGUUUUACUAUGAAGUUAUUCUACCAUUGCUUGGGGGGCUUCAGUUGACAAGGGAGUGCAGAAAGACAUGCAAUAUGGAUACAAAGCUACAACUACAGCAGGAACUGUUUUCAACUUCUUCAGUGCAUUGGGCGAUGUAGCUUUUGCUUAUGCUGGUCAUAAUGUGGUUUUGGAAAUUCAAUCUACAAUACCUUCUACACCAGAGAAGCCUUCUAAGGUACCUAUGUGGAGGGGAGUGAUUGUUGCUUAUGUAGUCGUUGCAUUGUGCUACUUCCCUGUGGCUCUUAUUGGGUAUUGGAUGUUCGGUAAUAAAGUCGACGACAACAUUCUCAUCACAUUAGAGAAACCCAUAUGGCUCAUUGCCAUGGCUAACAUGUUUGUUGUGGUACACGUUAUUGGGAGUUAUCAGAUCUAUGCAAUGCCAGUUUUUGACAUGAUAGAAACUGUGCUUUAUAAGAAACUAAAAUUCAGGCCAAGUUGGUACGUACGCUUUGUUUCAAGGAAUAUCUAUGUGGGAUUUACAAUGUUUGUUGCCAUUAGCUUCCCCUUCUUUGGUGGGCUUCUAGGAUUUUUCGGUGGCUUUGCUUUUGCGCCAACAACAUACUUUCUGCCCUGUAUCAUGUGGCUAGCCAUCUACAAACCAAGGAAAUUCAGCCUAUCUUGGUGGACUAACUGGAUUUGCAUCAUUCUCGGUAUUCUGUUGAUGAUUGUAGCACCUAUUGGAGCCCUAAGGCAGAUUAUACUUCAAGCCAAAGACUACGAUUUCUACUCUUAAACAUCUUCUCAUAGAGAGUUGUACAAGUUCUCUAAACAUAUGUCAAAGAGGAUGUGUCUGUUCUUCUCCAUAAUACUGUUAUUGAUGCGUGUUUGCUCAAUUAUUCAAUUAACGAGUCUGGAUGUAUCAACUUCGAAUGAAAAAUGAAUUUUAGCCAUGAAAUUAAGAUAAUCUAGUUGUUCUUCACACUUUUUUAAACUUCUAUUUCCGCAUU